AUGGCCACCCCCAAUGUCCUGGCUUUUGAUGCUGAGGGUCGCGCCAUUGACUUUGCAGUCUGGGUCGAGGACCUGCAGCUGUACUUACUGUGCGAUGCGAUAGAUGAGGUUUCUCUCUUUGACUUUGUCUCUGGCGCUAUCCCUGCCCCUCCUGCUGAUGCUGACCCCACUGUUCGCUCCAAGUGGGCCACACGCGAUGCUGCUGCACGUCUUGCUGUGCGUCGCCACCUCCCUUCCUCCGAGCGUGCGCACUUUAGUCAGUGCAAGACCGCUCAGGCCUUGUACGACGCUGUAGUUGCGCGCUACUCCUCCCCUUCCUCCGCUACGCUGAGCCGCCUCAUGCUACCGUACCUCUUCCCUGACCUCGCUGCCUUUCCCACAGUCGCUGACCUCUUUACCCACCUCCGCGCUAGUGACACUCGCUACCGCGCUGCGCUUCCUGCUGACUUCCGCGCCGCAAACCCUCCUCCCAUGUACAUCACUCUCUACUUUCUAGUCACCCGUCUCCCUGAGUCCCUUCGUGCCGUUAGGGACCAGUUUCUCUCUGUUUGUCCCACCACCCUCACUGUCGACCUCCUUGAGAAGUCCCUGCUAGCGGCUGAGAAGAGUAUAGUCGCUGUAGGGGCCUCUCGUGGUGACCCUCGCACCCCCAUCUUUGAGGGGUGUUCUCCCUCCCCCCUGUUACCCUCUGUCGCCUCUGCUGCUGCGGCCGACCUCGUUGGUUUGGAGUCGGUCGGUGCGGCGUCUGCCCCCAGCGGUAGGCGCCGCUCAGGCAGGGGCAAGGGGGGCAAGGGAGCGGGUGGAGCUAGCGGGGGCAGUGGCGGAGGAGGUGGGGGCGGCGGGGGGAGUGGGGGUGGCGGUGGAGGUGGUGGCGGGAGUGGAGGUACUAGUGGCGGCAGUGGAGGCGGAGGUGGUGGCGGAGGUGGCGGUGGGAGCAGCGGGGGCGAGGGUGGCGGUGGCGGCGGUGGCGGCGGAGGCGGGGGUGGCGGUGGUGGAGGUGGUCGGAGUGGCUCGUCCCAGCGGAGCAGCACUGGGGGUGGUCAGCGCCAGCAGCAGCAGCAGCAGCGCUCUCGCGACAUCCCCGCCCCUCAGCAGCUCCGUGAGUGGUACUCGCAGCGUCAGCGUGGUGGGGCGUUCGGUCCCUGCACCUACGUCCUUCGCACCGGCGACCGCGCGGGUGAGCAGUGUGGGGGCACCCACACCGCCCGCCGCUGCUUUGCCCGCUUGACCGACGCUUGGCGCCAGCAGUUUCCGGAGGCCUCUGAGAUCCCCCGCUGGGGAGAGCUGUCUAGGGCUGGUGUAGCUAUCUUUGAUCUUGACUUUGAUGCUAUCCUUGCUGCCAUGUAUGCUGUGAUUGUUAGUGAUGAGGGUGACUGUUACCGGUGUUUCCCGCCCGACCCGGGCAUUGGUACUGCUGUGUCAGGUGCCAGUGAGGCUGCUGCUCUAGGUGCCAGUGCGUCUGUGCUCUCAGGUACUAGUGAGUCUGCACUCUCAGGUACUGUGUCGGCUUCGGCCUCUCACACCUUCACCCUUGACUCUGGGGCGUCUCGCUCCUUCUUUCGGGACCGCACCACUCUCACGCCGCUUAGUCGGCCGGUUGCGGUGUCCCUGGCUGACCCCUCUGGGGUUCCUGUCCUGUCUCGUUUCUCCACAGUCCUCCCGUGUCCGGCGGCUCCCUCUGGCACCCUGACUUGUCUCUACCUCCCCUCGUUCUCUACGAACCUGGUGAGUGGUGCUGACCUACAGGAUGUGGGUGUCCACCAGUUCACUCCUGCUCGUCAGCGGGUGACACACUGCACAGAGGCCAGCAUAGGUCGCCACCUGGCUACGUUUACACGUCACCCAGGGUCGAGCCUGUACACACUGACCACUGCUUCUGCUCCAGGUGCUGAGUCUGGUAGAGUCCCUUCGUCUGGUCAGGUGUUUGCUGCAGCGUCCAGGUCUGGUCCUGAGUCUGCCCCCUGUUCGUGUCGCCGUCUGUCUCACGAGACCCUCCUCUGGCACCACCGCCUUGGCCACCCCUCUCUGCUUCGGCUCAGAGGCAUGGCCUCCCGUCUUCUUGUGUCUGGUCUCCCCCGGUCCCUCCCUCCCCUUCCUCAGGGCCCUGGCCCUGCCUGUGUCCCCUGUGUCGAGGGGCGCCAGCGUGCUGCCCCUCACUCCUCCCAGUUUCCUCCGACAGAGGCUCCGUUGCAGACGCUUCACAUGGACGUGUGGGGUCCUGCCCGCGUCCGUGGACUCGGCGGAGAGUUCUCGUCUGGCCUUCUGCGUGCCUACUGUUGUGCGCGAGGCAUCCGCGAGACCUUCACGCUUCCGGACUCACCGCAGAAAAAUGGGAUUGCAGAGCGCCGCAUUGGCAUGGUCAUGGACGUCGCUCGUACGUCUAUGAUGCAUGCGGCUGCCCCCCAUUUUCUGUGGCCGUUUGCGGUCAGGUACGCGGCGCAUCAGAUCAACCUCCACCCCAGGGUCUACAGGCCGGAGACCUCCCCAGCCCUGCUGUGGACGGGGAAGGUUGGUGAUGCGUCGGCGUUCCGGGUCUGGGGAUCUCGGGCGUUUGUCCGCGACUUGUCUGCGGACAAGCUGUCCCCUCGCGCUGCUCCCUGCGUCUUCCUGGGGUUCCCCCCCGACGCCCCUGGGUGGCAGUUCUACCACCCCACCUCUCGACGUGUUCUGUCCUCCCAGGACGUCACGUUCGACGAGUCGGUACCCUACUACCGCCUCUUCCCCUACCGCACUCCGUCCCUCCCCCCGCCCCCGCUCUUCUUGACGCGGUCGAGCCUGUCGAGGUCACUGGUGACUCUGGUCCUGCUGCGGGAGCUGAGCCUGGGGGUGCUGGGACUGGAGGUGCUACGCUUGGGGGUGCUGAGCUUGGGUGUGCGGAGUCUGGAGGUGCUGAGCCUGGGGGUGCUGAGCCUGGGGGUGCUGAGCCUGGGGGGUACUGAGUCUGGGUGUGCUGAGCCUGGGGGUGCUGGGCCUGGGGGUGCUGAGCCUGGGGGUGCUGAGACUGGGGGUGCUCCGCCUGGAGGUGCUUUGCCUGAGGGUGCUGAGCCUGGAGGUUCUUCGCCUGGUGGUUCUCCGCCUGGAGGUGCUUCGUCUCGUCGAGAGCCACUCUCCCCACAGGAGCUGCGUGAGUGGUUUGCCCGGCGCUGGAGGCGUGCUGCUGGUGCUGGAGGUUCUUCAGCUGCAGAGGGUGCUGCUGCCGCGCGUCCCGGAGGUGCUCGUGCUGUGGGUGCUGGAGCUGCUGGGCCUGCGGGUUCUCCUGGAGCUGGUGCUGCUGAGGGUGUUGGCGCUGAGACUACCGCUAACGGUCUGACUGGCGGUGCUCCUGGUGCUGCUGGGGGUUCCGGAGCUACUGGAGGUGCUGCUGGAGGUUCUGGAGCUACUGGAGGUGCUGCUGGAGGUGCUGCUGGAGCGGCGUCGUGA